ACGAUUGAGAGCGGGGUUCGUGUAACAUCACUAUCUGACAUAUUCUCAAGGCCCCGCUCGUAUCGACGUGAACAUCUUGUCCAAUGUUCUCUCCCUUCCCGAAAAAACCACUAGAAGCCAUGGAAACAUCAGCGCAACCUCACGUCAUUGUCGUUGGCGGUGGAAUUGUUGGUGCCUCAAUCGCCUGGCACCUGGCUCAUCACACUAGCGUGACCAUCGUCGCAGAGGACAUCGGUGGACCCGCCUCCAAGGCCUCUUUCGCUUGGCUCAAUGCGAGCUCUGUCAGCCAAAAAUUCUAUUAUGAAUUUCGUCGUCGAUCCCUACAGCGAUGGAGACAAAUCCAUAUGGAGCUUUGGGAUCUUCCAAUCUCAUGGAGCGGAUCCAUUAAUUGGCACAAGACUACCGAGGUCAUGGCCAAGACCGAGAGUAACCUGACUGCAUGGGGCUACCAUAUCGCCAACCUCAAGAAGCCUGAGGUUUCUGAGCAUGAGCCAUUCUUUGAUCAAUCUACCUUGCCAGAUUGGGCCCUUUACUACCCUAGAGAGGGCGCUAUGGAAGCCCAUGUUGUCGCACAGAUGCUCGUGGCGAGUGGAGAGACCAGAGGCAACGUCAAGGUAAUCAAAGCGACAGCAAAAGGCUUUUUCAAGGAGAAUGGCAAAGUUACAGGAGUCGAGCUAGCAUCUGGCGAAAAGGUCAUGGGCGACCAUAUUGUUGUGGCUGCAGGUUUAGGCAGUGUACCCCUCCUGGCAACUGAAGGAAUCACAGUCCCUAUCACCUCAGUGCCGGCGCUGGUUGUGAACUCGAAACCCAUCAAAGAAAGAUUGGUCAGGCAUGUAGUCAACUCGAAGUAUCUGUACAUUCGGCAGACAUCAGAUGGAAUCAUCAAGGCGGGCUGCGAGAAUCCGGGCGAUGACCCAGGUGAUGAUCCGGAAGCAACCGCACACCAAGUCUUCGCCAAGGUCCAAUCUACGCUUCUUGGGGGUGAGAACCUUGAGUUUGACUAUUACACCGUAGGAUAUAAGCCGACUCCUAAAGGCGGUCUGCCAAUCAUUGGACCGACUGGCCUCGAGGGCGUCAGUGUCGCGGUCAUGCACUCUGGCGUCACCAACGCUGCUAUUGUUGGAGAACUGCUCUGCAAACAGAUCAUUAUGGGCGAGAUGGAUCCAGAGCUUGAAAAUUUUCGUCUCGACAGAUUCAACAACUAAAUAGAAAGAUACCGAAUUAAACACAUGUCGAUAUUCUAAUCCUCC